AUGGAGGAAGCGACGCUGGUACUCAUUAGUACUUUCAACAUCGGUAGCAUCGUUGUGAAGACGACUCUGUUCCUGUGGCACAGAGGACAGUACUUCGCUCUGGUCCGACGAGUGGACGAUCUGAUGCUGUUACAGAGCGAAUCCUGCUCUCAGGACCCGGUCCUCGGGCACUUGCUGUGGCGCUCCAAGAGGACCGCGGCGCGCCUCACCACGGCCAUGCUGCUGCUCAUGGUGUCCCAGUACGUCACGUGGUACCCCAUGCCGCUCAUCAUGAACUGGGGUGAACGCCGCUUGCCUCUAGCGCAGCAUCCCUGGGACAACAACAGCAAUUAUUACGUGCUGUCUUACGCCGCACAGUGCAUUGCUGUAUCGUGGAUGACGCAGAUCAGCUUCGGCAUCGACUGCCUCUUCGUGUCCAUCAUGAUCCUCGUGGCCGCGCAGAUCAAGAUCCUCGCUUCGCGCGUGGCCCAUCUGAAGAUGCAAGACGACGGGUUAAGUCGCAAGCAGCACACAAUUAAAAGUCCCAGAUACAAAUUAUACAGAGAUUUGUGCCUCUGUAUUGAAACCCAUCAACAGCUUCUAAGGUACGUUGAGCAGUGA